AUGCCAUCUUGGGGGUUCCAUAAUCAGAUUCAUGCUACCUACAGCGAUAAAUCGGUGGCACUCAAGCUGAAGUCUGGCAAGAACGACUUUGCACCUUUGAAUGUCAUUCCUUUUUCUACAUUUAUUAAGACUUUAGUACCUGAACUCAGCGAUGGCUACAAAUUCAACCUUCACCCUUUUCUGUUCAAUGGCGCUCUCCAGACUUUAUACGCGUCCAAAGCUGACUAUAGUAAAGAAUUUCAAAUAUACUAUGGAAGAUGCAUGGUUCGAUAUCCUGAGGCAAAUCAUGAGUAUCCACAUUUACAUCUUGGUCAAGCGACUGCGGAUUUUGUAGUUGAUCCACCAACAGAAAUCGAUGAAUGGAAUUAUUUAUACAAUCAGACUUUACCUGAAGGAUGGCCUCGAUUGCAUCCGCGGACUAGAUUCCUAACAGUGCAAGAAGAACAAGACCUGGAAGCUGACUGGGCCUCAAACUCUGGAUCAAUUGUUGUAAUUAUUCACGGAUUGGCCGGUGGCUCGCACGAACCGGGAAUACGAGAUGUGAGCCAGCAUCUUCAUCAAGCUGGUUUUAAUGUUGUGACACUCAACUCUCGUGGAUGUUGUCGCUCUAAAUUGUCAACAGGAAGACUUUACUCGGCCGUCGAAACAGAUGAUCUCCGUUACUUUAUUGAUGAGCUACAUAAGAAAAUACCCAACAAGCCUAUCUAUCUUUUGGGAUUUUCUUUAGGGUCUGCACUGGUUCUCAAUUAUCUUGGCGAGGAAGGAAAGAAGAGCUUCAUCAAAAGUGCGGUCACUAUCGGAGCACCUGUAGACCUCCUGGACUCCCAUUAUCAUUUGAACCACAGUUACUCUGGAAAGUAUCUAUUCGAUCCUGCAGUGGCUUCAUUCUUGUCAAAUUUGGUAAAAGUUAACUUCCCAAUUCUAAACCGUGAUAAACCGGAAGUAUUCUCAUACGAAAAGAAGUCCAAAGAUUACUUGGUACGGAGAAUCGUCGACUUUGAUCGAAAAUAUACUGCCCCAGCGUAUGGAUUUGCAAGUCCAAAAUAUUACUAUCAAGCUGGAUCUCCCUUAACCAAGCUAGUAAAUAUUUACACUCCAACAGUACUGCUGAACUCCUUAGAUGAUCCGGUAGUAUCGUGUAAUUUACCAGUGGAUGAAGUUAAAGCAAACCCAUAUCUAUAUCUAGCGGCCUCAGAUUUAGGUGGUCAUUUGGCUUAUAUUCAGUGGGAUGGUGGAUUCUGGUUUAGCGAAGCCGUGUCUGCAUACUUCAUGGCAUUUGAAUCGGAACUGUCAAACGAACCUGCACAAAGUGAUUACGAGCCUCAGCUAAGUGAAUACAGCUAUAAAACUGGAAUUUGA